AUGUCAAGAUGGCUAUUGUUUUAUACCCCAUCCGCCGCCGUUGUUCGACUUUUGACCACGAAUGUCUUAAUCGCACACAUCACAUCCUGGGUUUUGUAUCUUUCCGGCGCUUCUGAGGAUCCACGAAUGCUCCUUCCAGCUUGGGUUUCAAUCGCUACGACCCUCACUAUGCUGUACCAUAUCACUCAGCGAAAGAUCAACAUCAGAAAGGAGACAUCCGCGUCUAUAGGCGUAUUUUCUAUUGCUAGCUUUGUCAGUCUGUGUACGUUGCUUUUUCAGCUACAUCUGACUCGAGAGAAUGACCCGGUUAGGCUCCGCGGUGAUUACGAGAAAGCCUCCUAG